GGGGAGAUAAAGGAGAAAUCGUCUGACACUGAAACAUUGAAAAAAGGUCUCUGAGGCCUUGCAAAGGAGUCUUGAUUCACACAGGGAGAACUGCUGUGACUGUCUUCAUCCUAUCCAACCAGGAACUGGCCAAGAAGUGGAGGAAUAGAGCUUAGCCAUCUGGAUUUAAGAAGCUGAAAACCAUGUCUCUUCCCCGACAGCUGCGAGAAAAGAGUGAUUUUGACCAGCUUCCAGAUGAUGUACCUGUUUCAGCUAAUAUUGCAGAUAUUGAAGAGAAGAAAGGCUUUACUAAUUAUUAUAUGUUUGUCAUUGAAGUAAAGCUGAAAGGUGGUGGCAGGUACCUGAUUUUCCGACGCUAUCGUCAGUUCUAUGCCCUGCACACCAAACUAGAAGAGAGAUAUGGGCCAGAGAGCCAAAGCAGCCCUUUUACCUGCACACUUCCCAUACUGCCAGGAAAAGUUUAUGUUGGGGCCAAGAAGGAGAUUGCUGAGAACAGGAUUCCUAUCCUAAACGUCUACAUGAAGAAUCUACUCUGCCUACCCGCCUGGGUGUUGAUGGAUGAAGAGGUUCGGCUGUUCUUCUACCACUCCACCUUUGAUGGGGAGCAGGUGCCUCACAGGCUGAGACGCCUUCGCCCACGGACACGCCGAGUGAAAAGCAUUUCCCCUCAAGUGCCUCCUUUUGACCGCAUGGCAGCUCCACGGGCUGAGGCACUGUUUGAUUUUUCUGGAACCAAUAAAUUGGAGCUCAGCUUCAAGAAGGGAGACUUGAUCUAUCUACUCAGCAGAGUAAAUAAAGACUGGCUGGAGGGCACAGCUGAUGAUGCCACUGGGAUUUUCCCAUGUGCUUUUGUGAAGAUCAUAAAAGAUUUACCACAGCAGGAGGGUGCAGUGAAUAAAGUUCGCUGUUACUACCAUGGUGAGACUGUGAGCACUGUCAGGGACAUCUCAGUGGAAGAGGAUCUGAGCAGCAUUCCAUCAUUUAAAGAUCUCAUGGAAUUGAUGAGGCAGGAAUUUGACCAAGAUGACAUUGCUUUGAAUUACCAGGACGUUGAUGGGGAUCUGAUCCGGUUGCUCUCUGACCAGGAUGUUGAACUCAUGGUGUCUCAGAGCAAGAAAAGACCCUCUGAGAAGCAUUUCUUCCCUUGGAAGCUGCACAUCACUCACAAAGAUGACUUGGGUGUCUACAACACUGGUCCAGGAAUAGGUGUUACUCAAACACUAAGAACAACAUAAGUGCUAUGUAGAGACAUUCCAGUAG